CCGCUCCUCCAGCCUCCCCGAGCCGCGGGACCCGCCACCGCCGGUUCGGCCCCCGCCUCGCGCUGCCCCAUUGCAUUGUCACCUGUCUGGAGAAAAGUUGGAAGGAAGAUACUGUUUAGAAGUACUGAUUUGGAAAAAAAGGUUUCCCUCUUCAAGAUGAUUCCCUGCAGAGCAGCUCUGUCUUUUGCCCGAUGUCUGAUCCGGAGAAAAAUUGUCACUCUGGACAGUCUAGAAGAUACCAAAUUAUGCCGUUGCCUGUCCACCAUGGACCUCAUAGCCCUGGGGGUCGGAAGCACUCUUGGAGCUGGGGUGUACGUGCUUGCUGGGGAAGUUGCCAAAGCCGACUCUGGGCCCAGUAUCGUGGUUUCCUUCCUCAUCGCCGCCCUUGCUUCGGUGAUGGCAGGCCUUUGCUAUGCUGAAUUUGGGGCCCGAGUCCCCAAGACUGGCUCUGCAUAUUUGUACACUUAUGUUACCGUUGGAGAAUUGUGGGCCUUCAUCACUGGCUGGAAUCUCAUUUUAUCUUAUGUGAUAGGUACCUCAAGUGUUGCAAGAGCGUGGAGUGGUACCUUUGAUGAACUUCUCAACAAACAGAUUGGUCAGUUUUUUGGGACAUACUUCAAAAUGAAUUAUACUGGUCUUGCAGAAUAUCCUGACUUUUUCGCUGUGUGCCUUAUAUUGCUUCUAGCAGGUCUCUUAUCUUUUGGAGUAAAAGAGUCUGCUUGGGUGAAUAAAAUCUUUACAGCUAUUAAUAUUCUGGUCCUUCUCUUUGUUAUGGUUGCUGGAUUUGUGAAAGGAAAUGUGGCAAACUGGAAGAUAAGUGAAGAGUUUCUCAAAAAUAUUUCAGCAAGUGCCUGGGAGCCGCCUUCUGAAAAUGGAACCAGUAUCUAUGGAGCUGGUGGCUUUAUGCCUUAUGGUCUGGCAGGAACAUUGGCUGGGGCUGCAACCUGUUUUUAUGCUUUUGUGGGAUUUGACUGCAUUGCAACAACUGGUGAAGAAGUUCGGAAUCCUCAGAAAGCUAUUCCUAUUGGAAUUGUGACCUCUUUACUUGUUUGCUUUAUGGCCUAUUUUGGGGUCUCUGCUGCUUUGACACUUAUGAUGCCAUACUACCUCCUGGAUGAAAAAAGCCCCCUUCCAGUAGCAUUUGAGUAUGUUGGAUGGGGCCCUGCCAAAUAUGUCGUUGCUGCAGGCUCCCUCUGUGCUUUGUCAACAAGUCUUCUUGGAUCCAUUUUUCCAAUGCCUCGUGUAAUCUAUGCUAUGGCGGAGGAUGGGUUGCUUUUCAAAUGUCUAGCUCAAAUCAAUUCCAAAACGAAGACACCAAUAAUUGCUACUUUAUCAUCGGGUGCAGUGGCAGCUGUGAUGGCCUUUCUUUUUGACCUUAAGGCUCUCGUGGACAUGAUGUCCAUUGGCACACUGCUGGCCUACUCUCUGGUUGCAGCCUGUGUUCUCAUUCUCAGGUACCAGCCUGGCUUAUCUUAUGAGCAGCCCAAGUUUUCUUCUGAGAAAGAAGCUCUGGGAUCAUGUGCCGGUGCAGCCUCAAAAAGCGAGUCCCAGGUCACAAUGCUGCAAGGACAGGGCUUCAGCCUGUGGGCCCUCUUUAGCCCCUCCACUCUACCUACAAAACAGUCAGCUUCUCUCGUGAGCUUUCUGGUAGGAUUCCUUGCAUUUCUUGUCCUGGGCCUGAGUAUUUUGACCACUUACGGGGUGCGUGCGAUUGCCAAACUGGAGGCCUGGAGCCUUGCUCUUCUCGUGCUGUUUCUUGUUCUCUGCAUUGGUAUUGUUCUCAUCAUUUGGAGACAACCCCAGAACCAGCAAAAAGUAGCUUUUAUGGUUCCAUUCUUACCAUUUUUGCCAGCCUUCAGCAUCCUGGUAAACAUUUAUUUGAUGGUCCAGUUGAGUGCAGACACUUGGAUCAGAUUCAGCAUUUGGAUGGCGCUUGGUUUCCUGAUUUACUUUACUUACGGCAUUAGACACAGCCUGGAGGGCAAUCCAAGAGAUGAAGACGACGAUGAAGAUACUUACGCGGACAACAUCAAUACAGCCACAGAGGAAAAAUCUGCCAUUCCAGCAGAUGACCUUCACCCAAGAAACCUCAGUUUACCAUUCAUAUUCCACGAAAAGACAAGCGAGUGCUAGUGCUUACUGGCCCAGUUGUUCAUGAGCACAUCCUCCACGGAGCAACCAUGACAGGGUGUCGUCAUCACGGCUUUCGUGGGUCCGCUGCAGACAGAGUUCACCCUAAUUUAUACUUCUUCACCUGGACAGCACUGCCUCUGAUGGUGAAUUAUGUGCCUGGAGAAACCUCCUGAGCUCUCUUCUCAGUGAGGGUUAUCUCCAAAUGAGAGUGUAUGUGUAUGUGUGUGUGUAUGUGUUGGGGAAUGUGAAUGUUAGAAGUUGUUGGUCGUUUACUCUCAUUGCAUUACAUUUUCCUGGUGUUGUCAUUAAUUGGUGGCAUCUACUGCACAAACUGAAAUGGAGGUAAUCACUGAAGGGAGAAGUGUUCUGUAUGUGCCUGAUGCAGCUGGGGAUUUAAAUACCUGUUGCUUUCCCUUAUUAGGGUUCAUUAAUGUCCAUUUAGGGCAUAUUCAAAAUGUAAGUACCCAUCAUGGUAUCAUUCACUGGUCAGGAGUAAGAGGAGUGAGUUUAGUACAGAUUUAUUUUUUCUAUGAGGUGUGACAGUUUGCUGAAACUUUAACCAAUCAAUGUGUUUGUGGCUGUGGUGCCAUGCAGGGCAUGGAAGUGGAGUGGUAUUCUGCAUCACCAGGUACCUGUCCUCCUGGAGAGCGGUGGUCCUUCACCUGCUGUGAAUGCUGUACACCCUCAGCUCAAUCCAAGGCUUGAGAGAGGUGGUGUGAGCUACCUGAGACCCUUUGUGCUGGAAAGUAAAGGUGGUCCCCAGAGUUGGAAAGCAUAAGUGAGUGGCAAUGAUGAGGAUAUGUUUGAAGAUCAGAGUUAGACAUAUGCUUGGAUAAGUAGAACCUCACAUCGUUUCUCUAAAGUCACUUACGUAAACCAAUAGAUUCUCUCUUGUUACACAAUUGGCAGGCUGACUCAGACUUAACCUCAAAUUUAAUAACUAAUCAUAGUUCUAUUUUUUUUUAACUUCAUCAGGCACAGAAUUCACUCCUUUGUUUCUAUUAUUGUUUUGUCUUGUCCUAGCUAUGAGGGGCUGUGGUAGCAAAUGUUGUCUUUACUAUAUGCAAAAGAGAACAAAUGGAUACAGAUGAGAAAAUUCCCCUUUUCUGAUUUUAAAGUCCCUAUUCAGAUAUUACAGAGCACUUGGCCCAACUUAAGGGGUUUAGAUCUAAUUUGCUUUUGAUAUUUCUUUUGGAGACAUUUAGGGAUUUUUAACCCCAUUCCAUAAAUUUAGGAAUGUUUUCCCAUGUCCCAUAAAUUGUUCAGCACUUUUUAUUUCAUUUAUUUUUUAAGUAAUCACACUUAAGCUAUUAAUACAAGCUCUAGUAUUAUAUAACAGCCCAUCAGUGGCUGGGGAAUAAAAUAUUUAGCAUAAAUUUUUAAAUGACCAUUUAAAAAUUCAAGUUACAUAUGAACCAAAUUGUAAUAUAAACAUAGAAACUUUUACAUAAAUAAAUUUUUACAUCUAUGAUUCUCUAAUUAGUAUAUUUCUCUAAUAGUCAACUAUCUGCAGUAUGUUUUGCGUCUCAUGAAUUAUUUUUCUGACAUAAUUAAAUAGUUCACUAGAUGAGGUUAGUGUCUAAACAUUUAUAUAUGGGCUACAUUCCCAGGAUGAGCCUUAUCAUGCAUAUUAGUUGACCAGCUUAAUCCAAAGGCAAAGAAAACACUAGUUUUCUGAGAACUCUUCCGAGUGAUCAAUUACUUUAUUGAUGCCAUUAACAAACAAGUUGCAAUAGUUUGGUCUAAUGAAAAAUUGAUUGUAAUUAAAUAUCAAAUAAACAGAUCGAAGCCAGAGUUUCUGACCUAUAGUGCUAGCAUCCUGACACCAAGCCCAUGACUGACAUUCCAGUUCCCAGGGUGCACCUGGUAAAAUCUGAAUUCAGAAUUGCCUUUCAAGCUGCAUCAUUUAUCAGAGAGGAUAAGCAAAGGACUAUGGUCAUAAUCAUAAGUCCUUGCUGUUGUAGCAGUAGGCUGAGAACCUCUUUUUUUCUAUAAUCAAUCUAGAAAAGGCCCUUCACACAGGGAACAUGAAGAAUUUCAUCUGAGAAUAUUGGAAUCUUUUACUGUAACAAAAGCAAGAACUUUGUUUAGAAUGUGAUAGGCAGCUAAAAUUGUCAUGCCCAUUGUGUUCAAUUAGGAGCAGAAUUUUAGUUAAAAAUUAUUUUUCCACAUUGAAACACUUUGUAAACACAAAUAGCUCUAAAAAAUGCUUUGUUCAGUUGCUGUUUAUUUUCCUGUGAAAACUCGCAUUUGUACUCGUAUGUACAUGAGUGUAUAUAUAUAUAUCUAUAGAUAGGUAUGUGUGUUUCAGAUGUCAGUGUAUAAGCCAGUGGGUUUAUAAUGAGCUUUAUAUGGGUUAAAAAAGCCAACAGAUGCAGAGAAAAAUUAAUGUUUUUUAUUGAUAGGUAUGCUUAUACAAAAAAUUUAGGUUUUAAACUAUUUUGAAAUAUAUAGCAAUUUUAUAUGUAUAAUAUUUUCUAUAGAUAGAUUCUUUAAGAGAUAUAUUUAUAAUGUUUCUAAUAUGAAAUCACUGAACUUUAGUACAUUUGACAGGUGCUUUAUAAUCUGAAAUGGAGUGCGGGUGGGGGAUUUUAGGUUAUUUCUGUUUACUUGUUUCUGUUGCACCUUUGCUGACAUCUUGAAGUAUGUGUUUUUUUAGUAAAAGUCCAUCAACCAGUUCUUACCACCUCUCUAUACCUACAUUUUAAUGUAUAACUUUUGAACAAAAUGUUAUUUCUUAAGAGUACCAAAAUGUUUUAUAGAUAAUGUAAUUUGACUAGUAAUCAAUGACACUCACACUUACAUAACGUUCUCUUGAGAAAUUAAAAAAUCCAUAUACACAUUCUUUUCAUUGUGAUUAAAUAAAAACAGCUUAAAUUACUUUUCUUUUUUAUAUCAGGAAAUAUAUUACCAUUUUCAUUGAGAAACUUCUCAUAACAGAACCUUUAUUUUAUACCCUUAAAAAAAGAUUUGUGAGUGACCACAUAAAUGCCUACCUAUCCUACAUUUAAGAAGGUAGCUCUGCAAAUUCAAGUCAUUUAUGAGAAAAAUUUAGAAAUUUUGAUACAUAUACUAAAAUACAGAUUACCGCUUAAUCACAUAUUCCCCAGAGAGAAACAUUAAGAAAACUAUCCAUAACCUAAUUUAGGACAUGUAAUAAAGAAAAGCUAAUGUUGACAUAUAUAAAACUUUACUAUUACCAACCAUAAUUGAUAGAAAAUACCUGUUUCAGAAUUAUCUACCUUUAAAAGAUAAGCAUUCUUUUAAUUUUUCUGAGUAAAGAUUUCAUUUUAAUUUUCUUUCUUUAAAUAUUAGCCAAAAAUGUUUUAGGUCCUGGAUGUUUACAACUAGUUAAAAUAUUUUGAAUUAGAAUCUACAUUUGCCAAAUUAUUUUCAAAAUUUAUUUAAGUGCUUCGUGGGGAGAAUAAGAAAAAGUAAUGGCUCCCCAAUACUGAUAAUGCCAGUGGGGGCAGGUUAGUCUUCUUUGCUCUUGUCAGGACAUAUUUCAUGAUUACAAACCACACAAUAAAGUGCCAGGAUUCCAUCCUCCCUGUGAUGUUCUCCUGAUGUGCUUCAUCCUCUGCUAGUUAACACCAAAAAUGAAAUUUCCACAGGACCUCAAGGGACUGCAUUUAGCAUAUACAUCAUGGAAUAUUAAGAGUCACAUGAUUAUGGUGAAUUCUUUGGAGGGCGGGGAUUAUCUGUUCUUUUUGCUAGUGCCAAAAUAGUGCCUUCUCUGUACAUUUCUCACACAUGUGCUAAACAUGAAGGGAAAAAGUACCAAAGUUCACAUAGUAACUAAUGCCAGCACAGGCCAUUUUUUAGUCAUGUAGAUGAGAAAAUACGACUGUUUGAUUUUGUUGUUUAGCUAAGAUUUUUUUCCCCUUUGUGCAUAAUUGUAUUUAAACAUUUAUCAAUGGCUUUUGGUUGCUAGGUUUUGAGAGGCCUCAUCUGUUAUUGUUGUGGUUGUUGGUUUUUGUAACAUUCGUUAUUGUUUUGAUGUACACAAGUUAGUCUUAGUGAUUUCAAAUGCAUUUUGUUAUGGCUCAACCCAAUUCGCGGCCCUGUUUGCUGGGAGCACUCUAAGCUCUUAAUUCGCUAUGGCUGGAGCCACUGUCACCAUUUCUGGCCUUAAAGAGCUGUUAUUCACCACUGACAGCUCUGUGGGGUUAUAACCAGGACUCCAGGGUGGCUCCAGGGUCAGGCAGCCUGCAAAUUGUGAACACCUAUAGUUACCCCUGUUAGGUGCGGUCUUAGGAUAAUGGGAUAGGAUGCAAAGUGAAAGACUUCAUAUAAAAGUAAGAUAGAUUGCGAUCCUUGAUUUCAGUUGAGUAUCCCAUGUGUACCUCAAGGAAAUGAUCAAGAACCUCUGUGAGUCAUGGAAGGGCUAGCUGCUGCCUGGAACUGGUACACCAGAGCCUGGCCCACUCACCUGACAGUCUUGGGGUGGAAAGUCCACGGGCUCAGGCUCAGUUGGUAAAGAGCCUGUAUUGCCAACAAAUUGCCAUGCCCAUGCCUGGCUGACAGCUCUUCAUAUCUGGUAUCCACUAGGGGUGCCCAGUUGUUUUGCUUCUUUGUUACUUUAUUGUAUUAUCAUUGUACUUAAUAGAAAGUGUUGAUAGGGUCCAAAACCCUAUAGAAAUUCUGUCUGUCAAAACCAACAAAUGCUUUGGAUUUGUGCGAAUAUAAAGAUAUUUUGUUGGUAGGUAAUUUUAAAUUUAAAUGUUUUUGAUGAUAAUCGGUGUUUCUUUUUACUCAUAAAGUUGGAUUAUUUUUUAGAAUUUGUAAUAAAUAAAAACUAUUGCUGCUUUACCACUGUAAAAUAUGCUUUCUAAUGUGACCAUGUAUUUUUUAAAUAAAUUUUAAA